UCUGCUCGAGACACUGACUGCACCUUCAAGAAGAUCUUGCUCCAGUGCUGGACUAGCAUGUGCAAAAUUUACCACGGGGGUGUCAGGAAUUUCAAUCUUUGCUUCCAAAACAGACUGGCACUCCGGGGGCUGUAGUGGGGAGUAAGGAGGAUCUCCCUCCUCACACACACUUUUUUUCUCUUUUGGUAGAAUACAGUAAUAACAGUAUCGCCCUCUUUCUUCCACCAUCUUUAGUGCUCCAUCUCUUCAUUGAGGGGUUUUUACGUCCGUCUCAUCUCUUAGUGGGGACAUCUCCUGGUAUGCAAAGCUCCGCUGUCUCUCAAAAGGUUGAAGCCUUGGACAAAGAUGCCAACACUCUAUAAGCAGAUGUUGCUUUAUUUGGGAGAAUUCUUGUGCACCAGCUCCGACAGUGGGAAUGCCUGAGAAAGACUGAACUGCAGUGCAACUCCCAAAGCAAAACAGGGUGAGGCCAAGGAUUAUGUUGCCUGCAACGAUCACAGCAGCGCUGAUCUUUUUCAUGGUGCAAAGAUCUGGAGCCUUGGCCCCUGGAACGGCAUGCUGGGACGAACGUCUGUCACGAGCGGGGAGAAACAGCAGCUGUGUGGCUUCACAGCCUUUCCUGAUAUUCGGUCACGGUAAAGCGAUUCACCGGAUGGACCUCGACGGGAAGAACCACAGAAGGCUCGUGGCCGGCGUGGGAAGCUCGAUGCUGUUCGACUUUCAUUUCAGAGAAGAGGAAGUUUACUGGGCCGACAGACACAGUGGGAUCAUCUACAAAGCGUCAGUGAGGGGAGCACACAAACAGAAACUUUACUCGUCUGACAAACACAUUUCGGGUCUUGCAGUGGACUGGGUCAGUAACUCUGUGUAUUGGGCGAGUCAAGAAAAGGGAAAAAUUAAGAGAAUGGACUUGAAUGGGAAAAAUGAGAGAACAGUUUUGAGACACUUGAUCCAACCGAGUUCUGUAAUAGUAGAGCCCACUAACAGGUUCAUUUUUUGGCUGUCUGGUGGAACGAGUCCAAGUAUCCGACGGUCCGACGCGACAGGGCAGGUGAAAGUGACGCUUGUGAAGAUUCAGGAACAACUGAAAACACUGACAAUCGACCGACAAGACGGACGGCUGUUCUGGAUUCAGUUUGGUCUGCAGGGAGAGAGUGCCAUCGCCUCUUGUGAUUACAACGGAAACGGCCUUCAAGUCAUAGAUCAGCCACUUUGGUCUCCGACACUGGAGAUAUCAGUUUUCCGGGAGUACUUGUACUACACCGACGCUGCAUCUCGGGCUAUAAAGCAAGUGGACAAGUACAGUGGUGGAAAGCCGCUGGAUGUUAAUAAAAAACAAAUGGCGAAACCCCCUGUUCACAUUAAGGUGGUACAUCCCCUCAACCAGCCGUUGACAGAUCCCCUUUCGUCAUUUACAGGUUGCGACAAACGCGGUGGAAACUGUGUGAACGUUUGCUCGAACCAAGCCGAGCAAGGGCUUUGUCAGUGCGAUGAGGGCUUUUCUCUCAGUCAGCAAGGCACUUAUUGUGACGAUGUAAAUGAAUGUGCCCACUGGAACCACGGAUGCUCUCUUGGCUGUGAAAACAUCCCAGGCUCUUAUUUCUGUACGUGUCCGAAAGGAUACGCCCUCCUGCCAGACAGGAAGACGUGUCGAGAGAUCACACCAUGUGAGGGCAAUGAUAUGAAGUGUGGCCACGGGUGUCUGAUGACAGAUGAGGGCGUGGUCUGCGUGUGUCCUGAGGGAUCUAUACUACAGGAGGAUGGACACGCCUGUACUGGCUGCACAUCAUCAGAUCUGGGAGGCUGCAGUCAGGUCUGCACUCCCAUCAGCCCCAGUAAGUGGCAGUGUGAAUGUCUGCCUGGCUACCAGCUCCACCAUGAUGGCAUGCGGUGCAUUGCAACCGGACCACCUCCCUAUUUGCUGGUUGCUAAUUUAGUUUCCGUGCGGAGAAUUAAUCCUGAUGGCACCGGUGACCAAAUCCUGGUGGACGAGCCCAGAGGAGCAAUCGCAGCUUUGGACUACGACCCGGUCCAGAACAAAGUGUACUUCACUAGUUUAAGCCGAAAGACAAUUGAGUGGAUCGAUCUGAACGGCCAAUCCAAAGGCAUCGUCGUCUCCGAGGAUCUGAGCUCUCCGGAGGGACUGGCGAUCGACUGGGUCAACCGCAGGAUGUACUGGACUGAUGAGAGCCGCUCAACUGUUGACUCCAGUACCUUGUUUGGACUAAACAGAGAAACUAUUGUGAGCAAAGAAGUGGAAAAACCCAGAGGAGUCGCAGUUCAUCCUCUGGCAAAGAAGUUGUUCUGGACUGAUAUCGGAGCCCAGCCUGUGGUGGAAAGCGUCUCUCUGGACGGUAAAGACCGACGCGUCAUCGCAAGCACCAACCUUGUGUCGCCGAGCGGCCUGGCCAUCGACUUUACCGACGAGCGUCUGUUCUGGUGCGACCAGCAGAGCGGUCGGGUAGAGUCCGCUGCCCUGGACGGCUCCGGCCGAAGAGCCCUGUUAGAGAACCAAGUAGGUCGACCUUUUGCCCUCGCGGUAUUUGAGGACGGGCUCUGGAUCUCGGAUCGCGAGCACCAGCAGCUGAGCAGCGUACACAAGCGGACGGGGAAGAAACUGCAAAGUAUCCAUGGCAACACGGUCCAAGCGGCAUCCAUUGUGGUCAUCCAUCCGCUUGCUAAACCAGGGGCAGAUGUUUGUCUUCAUCAGAACGGUGGUUGUUCCCAAGUGUGUGAAAGCAAACUAGGAUUUGCCCUCUGCUCCUGUCUAACACACUACCUCCUCUCAGCUGAUGGGAAAACAUGCUUUCCCGGUGAUGAUACAAAUGGAACACUAACAGAAUCUGGAGACAGUGAAUCCAGCGAGCCGACUCUGUUCACAGACAAGAUGGUUUCAGACCAGGAUGAGUGUUACUCACAGCGCUGCGAUGUGAAUGCACAGUGCCUGAUUCAGGCGGGCAGUCCCACCUGCUCGUGUCUGCAAGGUUUCACAGGUGACGGGCAGUCGUGUGUGGACAUUGAUGAAUGUAAGCUGGGAACACACAACUGCAACAAAAACGAAGAGUGCCAAAACACCUUGGGGAAAUAUCUCUGCAAAUGUCGGGCUGGAUAUCACAACAACGGACAAACUUGUCAGGAGCUGCAGGUUACAUCAUCGUCGUCGUCAUGGGUGACGACCAGUAGCCCUGCCGAUGUCACGUCCCAACACUACGACAGCAACUCGUUCGAGAGCUGCCCCUCCAGCCACGAGUCCUACUGUCUGUACCAGGGCGUCUGCUUCUACUUCCCUGAAAUGGAGUCCUACGCCUGCAACUGUCUGCCUGGAUACAUGGGCGAGCGUUGUCAGUUCAGCGACUUGGAGUGGUGGGAGCUUCAACAGGCCGAGACAGAGAAGAGGAAAAACGUGGUCAUCGCCUCGUGUAUGGUGGGCCUGCUCUCCCUGCUUUCCAUCACUGCCUGUGUCACCUACUGCUACGGAACCAGAAAUCUCUUCCGCAAACAGUCGUCAGUGGAUAACGUGAGUGAGACCAGCGUGACAGAUGAGAGCAUGUCAGAAACCACCACCACCAGCGUGCCUCGGUUCUACAUGCUGAUAGAAAGCGGCGCGGGAGGAAAAGUCGUCUCUGCUACGAGUUGUCCGCGGAGAGCCGUGUGUCCAUCGUGCUCCUCAGAGACAGGUGACGAGUCCGAAACGUUCAAUCACAACAGAGGGUACGAGUGUUCGAUGGCGUCGGCUGUCGCCAUGGAGGUCGACAAAUCCCCAGCCUGUCAUUCAAGUCCGUCACUGUCACUGUCACUGUCAAGCUCGUAUUCUUGUACAACUUUCAAACCAGCCGCCCUCUCCCAAACAACAAACCCAGAGCCGUCUGCUUCCUAG